AUGAGGAAUAAAUUGAAUAACAUUGUAUAUAUAACAGAGGAAUAUUGGAUAAGACCAGUAGUAUCAUAAGUAUUCAUAUUAUUUUUAUACAUUUAUAGCAGGACAAAAAAAGAAGUAAUAAAAAUAUAAUAAAGAAUUUAAAGUUGCUGGUCAAUACUAUUUAUCAUAAAUAUUAUAAUAAUGUGGAUGGUUUAUUUUAGAACAUCAUAUUUAUAUGA